UGUCUGUAUAGUGUCUGUUUUAAAGCCCACAUAACUUCAGAUAGUACUUUCUACAGUAGCCUAACUCUGUCGCUCAAUUCACAAACUUUCUUGUAUAAUUGUACCAACCUUUGCUGUCGCUCAUUCACGCCCUUUUUUGUGUUCACGGUACUUGUGAACUUUGGACUGCAUUGAUCUAUGAUUACAGAAGGCAAAACAAAGUUUUUCAAAUACUAGAAAUCGAAACUGAGAGAAGCAACUUCGGGAAAAGGAUGAAUGAGUGAGUUUUGACAUCUACCCAGUGCCAUGGCCUCUGCCCUAAGCCAUCUCUCUCCAAUGUCUGUAAGAGUGAGAGAAGGAUGGAGUGAUGAUGGAAGAGGAGAGGAGCAGGUGGAGGAUGAAUUUGCGUGUUCCGGAGCGCUACGCGGUGCCUUGUGGUCCUUCCAUCCCUCAGUGGAGAGGAUAUUUGGGGUGUCUUUUACGAUCGGUAGAGAGGAGGAUGCUGUGUUACCCCAUGAUGGACAGAUCUGGCUCAAACUAAAAGGAGUGAGGAAGGACGCUGUGGCUGCCAAAUUGUUUGUGAAGGGAGUUGUGAACCAGGAGGCCCAGCACGAGGUUCCAUAUCCAGGUGUCCUUCACUGUGUGUUCUGUGGAGCACGAGGGCUGUUCAUGGAGUGCCUGAUCAGAAACACCUCUGCUUACAUACUGGUGGGUUCCCCAGGCUUCCUGCUCAUCUCAGGACUGGCAGAACCAGUGGUCAGGGCCUAUUCCCUCAUCACAGACCUGGUGAAGAACUACGAGGUCACCCAGGGACGAAGAACCGAGCCUGGCAACAGAGGAUCAGGCGAGACCCUAGAUUCCCGUCGGGCCUUCAAAUCCCUGGUGGAGAGAUGGGAGGACAGGCACACUUUGGAUCUGCUGGUGCUACCAGGGGUGGUGAAGGAGACUCUACUGGAUCUGGUGAGGGAGUCUGGGCUGGGAUCCAACCCCGGUCCUGGGGGCUCGAACCUCAGUCUUGGGGGGUCUAGAGACAGAGUGGGUCUAAUGGACACUGAUAGCCAGAGACGAUGGGACAGCCAGUCAGGCUUGGACAUACUAACACUUAUGGAUACCAGAGUAGGGACCAGAGCUGGAGAGGCUAGGGACAUAGAGGGAAUGCAGGGGAUUUCCACAUCAAGGAGAAAACCUCCUGUAAAUUCCACCCACAACCAAGACCCUGGUCUACGGAAUAUUGGGCAGCUUUCUCAACAAAAGACGUUCACUACCUUACAUGUACAAGAAAGAGAGAUGGGCAAAGAUUGGUCACAGGGAGGGAUAGAGAAAGACGCAGCAUCUCGACUUCCCAUCUUCCACUCUAUCCUCCAAACCGAGGAGGAGGGGCAAGGACGUUCCCAACCGGAGGUAGAGGAUGAGGAACAGGGGGAGGAAGGAGAGGGAGAGAUGUUGUCAGUAGGGAGUAGGGAGGAGUUUGGGCUCUUGCUGAAGUUCUUCACGGCUAUGGGCUAUGCAGAAGAUGUGGUAAUGAGGGUCCUGGCCCGGACCGGACCCAGAGAAGCCUCCCAGAUUCUGGACCUGGUCCAGCAAGAACAUGACCAGACCGGUCUGGCCAUGAACCGCCCAGUGGAGAUGGAGCACACAGAGGUGGAGGGGAGGGAAGGUAAAGGAGUGAGAGGAAAGAGAAGCGGUAUAGAUGGAGGGAUGGGAGUGGAGCUGGAGGGAGGUGUGGAAGAAGGGGCGAGGAGUAGAGAGGAGGGGAGAAAAGGCAGGGAGAGUGGAGGGUCUACCGCUAACCUGUCUGAGGAUUCACUGAAGGAAGGCAGGGAGAGGGGCGAGGGCGGCAUGGAGGGAGGCGAAGGGUGGAACGAGGAGGAUUUUGUCCUGGGAGUUGUGAAGAGGGCUGCCGCCAGUUGUGGAUACACAGAGGAGAAGGUAGCAGAAGUGUACAGUAUGUUACCUGAACUGUCCACACGCCAGCUACUCCUGGAGCUACAGAGGGAGGGAGCCAGAGAGACAGAAGCUGCUUCCCAGGACCAGGUACGAGACGAACCAAGAGAGGUGGAUGAGGUUGUCUCAGAGCUACAGAGAAAGGACAGAGCAGGAGACAGGAAGGAGGAGAGAGGUAGAGAGAUGGAGGCACCAGCACCGCAGUCAACUGCUACUGAGAAGAGAGGAGAAGAAAGAAAGAGUGUGAAAGGAAAGAGUGACAGGAAGACCAAUGAGGUAGGAGUGACCGCACGGAACCGAAUCGUCGAUGGUACAGUUAAGGUUGAACCCGAUCUGGCUCAAUGGAAUGCCAUGACAAACCAGAUUCCGUUCCCGAUUCACAGUCACCAGAAGAAUCCCACACAGACACACACCGCCCAUCGAGCCAGCCCCCCUUUAGUCAGAGGGCCGCCUCAGCCCACCUACCCAAAACCACUACCCCCACAACCCACCUACCCCAACACAGUAUCCCCACAACCCACCUACCCCACCACAUUACUCGCACAACCCACCUACCCUCUCUUAUUUCCCCAUCAACUCGUUUACCCUCCCACCCAGCCACCCCAGACCACCUUACCCCUCACCCUUACCAUGAAUAACUCCUCAGCAACCAGAGCGAAGGAGAAACGUGGUCUCUUUCCCUUAGCAGUAGAGGGAAGGGAUCUCUCAGCCCUAACAGCGGUGGCUGUUGAUAGACGAGGUCUCCUGACCAUGGCAGCAGGGGCUGUGGUGACAGGGCAACAGCGCUUCAUGGAAGGCCUCCAGACUCCAUUUGACCUCAAGCUGACCGACCAACCAGGAGACCCGGGACUCAGGAUGGUCAUUAUCGAUGGGAGCAACGUUGCCAUGAGUCACGGGCUGGGUCAUUUCUUUUCAUGCCGAGGCAUCGCCCUGGCCGUGCAACACUUCUGGAACCGCGGGCAUCGCAGAAUCAGUACCUUCCUGCCCCAGUGGAGGCAGAAGAGAGACUACCGGGGCAAAGAGCAGCACUACCUUAGUGAGCUCCAGAACCUGGGUCUGCUCUCCUACACCCCCUCCAGAGAAGUCCAAGGGAAGAGGAUCAACUCAUACGACGACAGGUUCAUGCUGCAGCUGGCCCAGAAGACGGAUGGAGUGAUCGUGACAAACGACAACCUCAGAGACCUGCUGGAUGAGUCUCAUGUAUGGAGAGAAAUCAUCAAGAAAAGACUCCUCCAAUACACGUUUGUGGGGGAUCACUUUAUGGUACCGGAUGAUCCGCUGGGCCGAGGAGGACCCCACCUAGAUGACUUCCUACACUCCCAGCACAGGCCUCCUGUACCAGGCAGUCACUCAUUUGCAGGCGUGGCAUCCUCCUUCCACUCUCCCCAAGCUCCAAGGGCCCAGACAGAGGUCCUUCAUUUCCGUGACUGGACACCAGGGAUCGUUGUGGAGCCAGAGCCCAGCCAGGCCAGGGGGAAUGGCCAGGCUAGGGCUGGACGCGGUGUCCCAGGGAUGGGCCUUGGUCUGGGGCUGGGGGUGAAGAGGAGUGCAGAAGAGACCUCCAGGCUUAGGGAGAGCCUAUCCCAGGUGUUCCCAGGACAGGAUAGCAUGGUUACUCUGGUGCUGCAGUGUAAUCCUACAGUGACUGACAUCAAUUCACUGUCACACUUUAUACUGGAGCAGGGGGGUGUAGACUGAGAGUUGUGUGUGUGUGUGUGUGUGUGUGUGUGUGUGUGUGUGUGUGUGUGUGUGUGUGUGUGUGUGUGUGUGUCCAGAGAAAGAUGUAUUAAUGUAUUUUAUUUAAAUGUUUGAUUGAUAACUCUCAGUUCAAAGACUGACAGGGCUAAAAAAUUAUGUUUCUUAAUCUAUUUUUAUCGAAUUAAGUUUGAAAACAGGACCAAAAAUCAAACCAAUACUAAUAAAUGUAUUAAUGCGCAACUUUCCCUUGGGUUUUUAUAAUUGCACUGUUUAAUCUUUGCAGUGUGAUACAAAACGUGGUUCCGGUAUGCUUUACGACCAUGCAAAAGCCUCAGAGAGGUCGGGUAGGCUGUUUUCUGGUUUCAGCUAGCUGGAUUUCGGUCUGCACAGACAACACAGAGCAUGCAGACAGCAUGUAUGAAGGCAAAGCUUCUGAAAGGCUGGCAUAUAGGACCAGCACAAGAGAGAUGAUCAGAGGCAGCUUCUGUCUUGUGUUUCACUUUUUCUCAGAGUUGUAAAAACAAGCAGAACAGAAACUGUCUGCUCCUUAGUUGACUGAUCUAGCUGGCAAGGUAACUGCUCUUUGACAGAAAUAAUAAUAUUCUCAGUGCAGCUAGUAGUGUAACUGGCAUGUUACGUUAGCUAAUGUUUCAUCACCUCUUGACUGAAGUGAAUGAACUGCUAGCAGCUAGUUAGCUCGCUAGUAGCUACCACAGCCAGUUCAGCUCUAGCUAGCCUCUAGCUAUCUGUCAGGUAGCAGUAUCUAACAGCUGUUGUUUGGAAAUGUUUUGUAGCUUUUGUUAUGUCCCGUUUCAACAGAAGUGCAUUCAAUUAUAUACUAAUGUACCAUUAGUUAGCAGAGCUAGCCAAAAGUUGGCUAACGUUAGCUAGCUAGCUUUAUUUUGCCUAAAUCACAGUAGACUUGAAUCAACCGAUGAAACCAGCGGCCAAAUGAUUGACGACAGAUAUUGUGAUGUUUUUUCAGCGCAUUGUAUGUUUUUAUUAGUCAGUACAGCAAUGUAACGUUAUUGAUCUGUCAGUUUCCCUAGCUAAUUCCCUACUUUUCACACUGACACGGUAUAAACAGCUCUA